GCAGCUCAUAUAUACCAGUAGAUCUCCACAACACACGCACUGAUCGACAUUUCCAAAACCAAUUCUCGUUCGAUAUCUUCGCCAUCAAGAUGAGAAACCAUGAUGAGUCGUCGAUGCUCCGGCAUGACGACCUGGCCCAGCACUUUGAGCGGCUGCCGGAGAGCUACCUACGUUGCGCCUGUGCCGACGAGCUGGAGGACCUUCUGCUUCACAGGAGCCUCCUCGCCGACGCCGGACAGCCGGGGAAGUGCCCUGUCGUCCACGCCCGCUUCGUGCGCCGCCUUCAUGACCUUCUUGCCAACGGCGGUGGCGGCGAUUGUCCACCGGUGCCGGAGGAGAUGAGAUCAGGUGCUGCUGCAAUACAUGAAGAGAUGCUUAUCCAUGAGAUCAUUUUUGCUACCAUCGACAGACCCAAGCUCCUCAGCCAGCUAUCUGCUUUGGUGUAUUGGGUUGGAGUGCAUAUUCGUGAAGCUCACGUCUUCACCACGACAGAUGGCUUCUCUUUGAGCAUUUUUCGAGUCGAUGGCUGGUGGCAAGAGGAUGCUGAAGAUUUGCUCGAGGCAAUAAAGGAUGAAAUGAUGCGCAGAAAACCUGUUGACAAUGAGUGCCCCUAGUGUUUUGAGGCACAUACUUAUACAUAUUUGUGUAAUCUCCCGUAAAAUUCCAAAGCGUACCUCUCGUUGAGCAUUUAUACGUUUACCAGGUACCGAUGUACAAUAAAACAUGUAUUGUUGUUGAAUUGUGAGUAGUGUUUUCAGACACAUAUUUA